AUGCUCUACUCCCUCAGCGUCCAAGCCAUUGGGAACAACGUCAUACCUCUCUGGAUGGCCUCCCGUGGCUACAGCGUAAUCCAGCAGAACAACUACCCGACCGCGACCUACGCAACGGGCAUCGUUGCCACCUUCAUCUACUGCGCCGUGUCCGACAAGCUCCGCUCCCGCUGGCAGGCGUCCCUCUGCAUCGGCUUCACCUUCGUCGUCAGCAGCGCCAUCCUAAUCUCGGACCCGCCCGAUGCCGGCUACUUCUUCGCCUUCUACCUGAUGGGAACGACCUACGCGCCGCAGGCGCUCUGGUACUCGUGGAUGGCCGACCUGACGGCCCACGACGUGCAGCUCCGGGCGAUCACGACGGGAUUCAUGAACUCGUUCGACUUCGCCUUCGUCACAUGGUGGCCGCUGAUCUUCUACCCCGUCACGGACGCCCCGAACUACAGGAAAGGUUACAUCGCGAGCUUGGUGACCGGUGCUCUGACCGUGCCGGUCAUCUUGUUGAUUGCGUUCCUCGAGAGACGGGGAAGGGGGAAGGGAACCAUUGCCGAUGUUAACGAUGAAGAUGAGUAG